AAUACACCAAAAAAAAAAAAAAAAGGUCCUAGAAGGAAAAGGAAAAGGACUGAGCACAAAAACUAAUUGGUAAUUAACUACACCAAGUUCUUAUAGGAAAAGGCUUUGCCAAACACGAAAAUUUAUUUAUAUAAAGCCUUUGCCCAACUAAAACAUGCAUCUUCUCUUUUCUCUAGGGUUUAAUUAACAUCUUAAUCAAAUUCACAUAACCAACCAUGGCACGUAACCAAGAGAAAUCACAAUCAACGUUAAACCGAUUCCUCUCAGAGAACAAACCUAAAGGACAAACCCUACGUCGCCCAUAUUUAGCCUCUGAGUGCAAAGAUUUAACACAUGCAGACAAAUGGCGACACCAAAUCUUGAGAGAAAUUGGUCGUAAAGUACUCGAGAUCCAAAACGAAGGACUCGAUGAACACCGGUUACGUGACCUUAACGAUGAGAUUAAUAAGUUGAUACGAGAAAAAAGACACUGGGAAAAGAGGAUUAUUGAACUUGGUGGACUGAAUUACACGUGUAAUUCGGCGAAAAUGACUGAUUUAGAAGGGAAUAUUGUUGAUGUACCAAAUCCAGGCGGACGUGGUCCUGGAUAUAGGUAUUUUGGUGCUGCGAAGAAAUUACCUGGUGUUAAGGAGUUGUUUGAUAAACCAACAGAAUCGCGAAAAAGAAGAACAAGAUGUGAGAUAUAUAAGAGGAUUGAUGAUAGUUACUAUGGAUAUAGAGAUGAUGACGAUGGAAUAUUGGAAAAAUUGGAGGAACAAUGUUGUGAACGAUAUUGGCCCAAAGGGCAUGCUUGGAGGUAUUGUUAAGAAUGGGCCUGGAUCAGUAAUUGUAAAGCAGCCCAACACUAAAUUAAGUGGCCUUGUAUGGGAUCCGGGUUGAUAAAUAGCAAUUGGUUGGAGCAAAAUAGGUUAUGCGUAUGGUUAU